CGUAUAAACGCCGGGAUGGGUUUCCCGGCGCCGCUUUUCGGCAGGAGGAAGGAGACCAGCCUCAACAUGAGGGCAGCUCUCACCCUGCUGCUGCUUUUAGCCGCCGUGCGUGCUGAGCACCGAGGUAAAGCUUAUGUCCGGGACAAAGUCUGCCAGGAGUUCAAGGCCCUGGGGAAGGAGGACUUCCGAACCCUGACCAUCAUCACCAGCAGCAGGAAAUUCUCCAACGCCACCUUCGAGGAGAUCAGCCACCUCGUCCGCGAAAUCGUCUCCCUGGCUGAAACCUGCUGCGCCGAAGGUGCCGACCCCUCCUGCUACGAUGCCGGGUCCUCAGCUUUGUCGGCCAAAUCCUGCAGCGAGGGCUCGCCCUUCCCGGCCCACCCCGGCACGGCCGGCUGCUGCGCCCAGGAGGGGCUGGAGCAGAAGCUGUGCCUGGCCGCCCUGCGGCACCCACCCCAGCAGCUGCCCCGCUACGUCCAGCCCUCCAACGAAGAGCUCUGCCAGGACUUCAAGAAGGACCCCAAGGACUUCGCGGACCGGUUUCUGCACGAGUACGCCAGCAGCUACAGCCAGGCACCCCUGCCCGUGCUCCUGGGCUCCACCAGGACCUUCCUCUCCAUGGUCUCUACCUGCUGCAUCUCCCCCGCGCCCACCGCCUGCUUCCUGAAGGAGAAGCUGGAAAGGAAAACCCUCUCCCUCCUCACCCUGAUGUCAAACCGGGUUUGCUCCCGCUUCACAGCGUACGGGAAGGACAAAGUCACCUUCAGCUACCUCACCUCGCUCGCUCAGAAGAUGCCCAGCGCUUCCUUCGAGGACCUUUUCCCCCUGGCAGAAGACGCUGCCGAGGUGUUUUCCCAGUGCUGCGAGGCGGUGGCCGAGGACUGCAUGCAGAAGAAGUUAUCGGAGCACACGGCCAAAGUCUGCGGCGCGCUGUCGGCCGGAGACGAAAGGAUUGCCGACUGCUGCCAGGGGAAAAACCUCAUGCAAAACUAUUUCUGCAUCUCGGCCUUGCCACCGGCGCCCACCCCCAAACUGCCGGAGGCGCAGAAGCCGACGAACGAGCAGCUCUGCAGCGAGGAGGGGGCUCGCCACGCCAAGAGGUACCUGUUUGAGCUGACGCGGAGGCACACCAGCGUCCCCGACGCCUUCCUCGGCAAGCUGUACGACACCUGCAAAAAAGUCAGGGGGGAGUGCUGCUCUGCCAAGGACCCCUCCGCCUGCCUGGACAGCAAGCACCAGCGGAUGGCAGAAGAGCUGCCCCCCUUCCUGGAAAAGGCCAACCAGCUCUGCGGGCAGUACACUGAAUUAAAUUUCCUCGACUUCAAGAAGAGGCUGCGGGAGAGCUUGACGCAGAAGAUGCCGGACGCCAGCCCCGAGCUGCUGGGGCAGCUGGUGGAGCAGCGAGCCGACUUCGCCUCGACCUGCUGCCCGCCCAACUCACCCCCCCUCUACUGCGCCUCCAAGGUGAGCAUGGAGCUGGGAGAGGCGUGCGAUGGGGACUCGUGCCUGCUGAGCUAGGUGCCCAGAGGGAAGCGGGAUGCCGAAAGGGAGUACGAAGGAACCAGGCUGGAGGACGCCCGGCAAGACGGCUGCUUCUCCUUGCACCGGGAGGGGAAGGUGCCACCGAACCCGCGGCUCCCUGCCGCCCGCCGGCAACACCGCCGAUGUAUUCCUGCAGCCGCAAUAAAGACUUAAAAAAAGCACCCUCGCUGCUGC